AUGGAUGUGAAGAGGAGCUGCAGUAAAAGUACACCAUCAGCAGAAGGUAGUAGGAGACGAAAAGCGAGCAACGACAAUAGCAGCGGCACAUCGACGGCGGCGGUGGAGAGGAAGGAGAUCGAGAGGAACAGAAGGCAACACAUGAAGAGCCUCUGCCUGAAGCUCGCCUCGCUCAUCCCCAAAGAACACUCAUCCAAGGAUACGAUGACCCAGCAGGAUAGCCUGGACGAAGCGGCUGCGUACAUCAAAAAGCUCAAGGAAAGGGUGGACGAGCUGCAGCAGAAGAGGAGCUCUGCACAGCUCUUGGCUGCCAAGAAAGGAGGAGGUAGUUGUGGUGGUGGAGCCUCGACAUCGGCAGGGACGAGCAGCGGCGGCGGCGCCGGGUCAGAAAAAGCCAACGAGGAGGCGGCCAUGGUGGUGGCGCCGGUGGUGGAGGUCCGGCACCAUCACGACGGGUCGAGCCUGGACGUGGUGCUCAUCAGCGGUGUGGAGCGGCCGUUCAAGCUGCACGAGGUGGUCACCGUGCUGGAGGAAGAAGGUGCCGAGAUUGUCAACGCCAACUUCUCCAUCUCCGGCCACAAAAUCUUCUACACCAUCCACUCCCGGGCCUUUAGCUCAAGAAUCGGCAUAGAGGUAUCCGGAGUUUCUGAAAGACUAAAAGCAUUGGUCUGA